GUGAAGCAGAGAGACAUGUUCUCUACCUCGGAGAUUUGUGUGUUUCAGAUCCUGAAGGGCAACAGCAACACGUACAUGGCUGUGAGGAACGAACUGGUGCCCCCUAUCCUGGCCUCCAAGGUGCGGUUCGUACCCUACUCCCCCCAUCCACGGACUGUCUGUAUGAGGGUAGAACUCAUCGGUUGCCCUUACACAGACGGUCUGGUGUCGUACUCCAUGCCACAAGGACAGGACCGCGGGGUAGAGGUUGAGCUGCUGGACCUGAGCUACGACGGCACCACCACUGAGGGCUUCCUCUACGGGGGCCUCGGCCAGUUGCACGACGGCAUCGUCGGAGACCACAACUUCCGCACCGAUAUUGGACACGGCAAAGGGUACGAGUGGGUGGGCUGGAGGAACGACUCUCAAUCGCCGCUGGAGAUCAGCUUCGAGUUCAACUCCGUCAGGAACUUCUCAACACUGCACAUCUUCACCAACAACAUGCACACCAAGGAUGUGCAGGUAUUCUCGCGUGGGCGGGUGCAGUUCAGCGUGGGCGGGAAGUACUACAGCCCGCGGGCGGAGGAGUACCAGUACAUGCAGGACACGGUCUCCGAGUACGCCCGCAACGUCACCAUCAAACUCCAUCACCGGGUGGCCAAGUUCGUCAAGCUCCAGCUCUACUUCCAGGCUCGCUGGAUCCUCCUCUCAGAGGUCUUCUUCGUCUCCACUCCCGCCCGGGGCAACUUCAGCGUGGAGACCGGGGCCCAGGAGCCUGCGCCCGACCCGGCGGCGGGGCCACCACAACACGACUCCUCCUCGGGGUACAUUGACGAUGCUAACACACUCGGAGAUAAGACUCACCGCAACCUGGAUAUACCUGCCACAGUGGUGACGGGGGUGUCGGAGGAGCCGCGGGGCCAAGAGUACGUGGCGCUGGUGAUCGGGGCGCUGGUGGCCGUCAUCAUCGUGCUGGUGAGCGCCAUCUUGCUGAUCGUGUGGCGCGCCAGGAGGCAGAAGGCGGGCGCCAUCACCCACGACAUCUUCACCGGGACCUACGGCGAGAAGAGAGACAUUGUCAACCUCAAGGAGGUACACAAGUUCCUGACGGCGCCGGCUGUGCUUAGGUCCUCCUCUCUGUGUUCGUCUCCUCGCCUCGCUGCCCACACCACCAACGGCUUCCGCUUCACCGCCACCCUGCCCAUACACCCGUCACAGCUCGGAGCUGAGAGCGGGUCGGAGAUAGACAAGAAUGGGCUGUACUCAGAGCCUUACCAUCUCACCUACAACUCCAUUGGCGGCUACUCCAUGGCCCACAAGCUGGCCCACCCCAACCCCCUCUCCAGUCCGGAUUACACAGAGUGCCCAUCGACGGAGUACGCCAUCCCGCACCUGGGGGCGGACGGGAGCGUGUACCAUCCACCGCCCCUUCCACACUCCAAGCCGCCUCUCCACACCCUCAACACCUUUCUGUGCAAGCACACACCCUCGCCCAUCCCGCCCUCAGCGUCGCAGCAGCCGCAGGAGAGCUUCUACGCUGCGACUGAGAUCGUUGCGGGCAGCAACAGCGGCAGCAGCGUGGGCGGCGGGGGCGUGAAGCAGGGGGCGGCAAGCAGCGUGACGGCGCCCAUCGAGGAGGUGAAGGCUAGGGAGAUCCCCAGACUGGCCAUCACCCUUCUCCAGCAGCUGGGUGAGGGCCAGUUUGGUGAGGUGCACCUGGGCGAGGUGGAGGACGAGGAAGGGGAGAAGCAGAUGGUGGCGGUGAAAACUUUGAGACUCGAAGCUUCUCAUUCCGUCAGGUGCGACUUCGAGCGCGAGGUGGAGAUCCUGGCGCGCCUGCGAGACCCCAACAUCGUGCAGGUGGUGGGGGUGUGCUCGAGGGAGGAGCCUCUCUGCAUGCUCGUAGAGUACAUGGAGCACGGCGACCUCAACCAGUACCUCCAGGCACACAUCGCCGAGACCGCCUCCCCCAGGAACACCCACGCUAAAACGCUCAGCUACGGGUGCCUUAUAUAUAUGGCCACACAGAUUGCUUCAGGGAUGAAGUACUUGGAGUCACUCAACUUUGUUCACAGAGACCUCGCUACCAGGAACUGCCUGGUGGGGGCCGGCCACGUCAUCAAGAUCUCUGACUUCGGUAUGAGUCGCAACCUGUACGCUGGCGACUACUACAGGAUCGAGGGCAAGGCGCUGCUUCCUAUACGGUGGAUGGCCUGGGAGUCUGUACUGCUGGGCAAGUUCACGACGAAGAGUGACGUGUGGUCCUUCGCCGUGACGCUGUGGGAGAUACUGACGAUGGCGCGGGAACAACCCUACGAGGACCUCACUGACGACCUCGUGAUCGAGAACGUCUCCUUCAUCUACCACAACGAGGCCAGGAAGGUGUUGCUUCCCCAGCCGGCCAACUGCCCCAAGGAGAUCUACGACCUGAUGCGGGAAUGCUGGAAGCGCUCAGACGCCGACCGCCCAACCUUCCGGGAGAUCCACAUGUUCCUGCAGCGGAAGAACUUGGGCUAUUCUCCGGUUACCUGAGACUUGCUGGAGAACCUCCGGGGGGCUUGCGUACCCUCCCGGAGGUCCUUGGCCAGCAUCGGGUGGGACUUGUGUUUACACUCCCGAAGGGGCCGUCGAGUGCCGCCUCUAAAUGGGACGACUCAUGCACUCUCAGAAGGGGACAUGAACCAGCUGGAAGGGGGUCAGCUCCUCCCGACGACUCCCCGAAGAGGCUACGCCAGCUUCGAUAGAGACGUGUGUCACUCCAGCCGCAGUCUUCUCUUUCGCACUUACGACGGACGACAACUCCGACGUCAACUGUGAAAAGGAAAAUAACACGAAUGAAUAUAUUCACUCUAUACCCUUAAAAUCUUUCUUAUAAAACUAAUACUAGAAAAUUUAAAUGGGAAAGGGAACAUAACACAAAUGUUAGUUAUUUUAAGUAUUAUAAAAGUGUAUAUUGUGAUCUUCGUUCUGGAAAACGAAAACUGCAGUGCAUUGCUAAUUACAUGAUAGUAAUGAUAUCAUAAUUGGUAACUAAAGGUGUCGAGCUUUGAAGAACAAUUGAUAACGAUGGCAAAUUACCGUCACGAUUCUGGUAACGAGGUCAAAAUACAAUGUAUAUAUAUAUUUCAAGUACUUGUAUCCGCCUCUUAAUCGUGGCAGUGCGCUAACAUGGCACCCACUCCACGUAAUGCAAGUGGUUAACGGCCAGAUACACAGAGCCGGACUGUGUAAGUGAACGAGCAACACAUUCUAGUCCAAGUUCAAUAAUAGUGAGCUAUUCCAAGCCUGAUAAUGUUCAGGAAGCAGAACGCUCUUUCAAAUACAGGAAAAUAAAACGCGUUACGUUGGGAAUUCAUUGGUUUGAAAGUCUCCCUUCUGCAGCCUCUGUGGGGCCGUGAGUGUACUACUGGACAUCACAGAGCCCUGACAAACAUCUCGGCUCUGGAUAUCAGUGGUUUCUGUAUAUAAAAACACACAAGACGUUUUCUGUGGCUAUGAAUUUUUUUGUGAUCUUAUGAUUUGUUUACAAAUUUAUUGCUUCAGAUAAUUGUGUGUGUGUGUAUAAUUAUCUAUAUAUAUAUA